UACAUAAAAACAGACAAGGCAGAGACACGGAGGAGGGAAAUAUGUGGCGGUGUCUUGGAUUGCACGCCGUCUCUCAUAGGAUUUGCGUCAGUGGCCGGUUUCAUCCGUUUUGGAGCCGUGUGGUAUCUGGAGGCUGGAUUCAGAGCUAGAGCUCAUCUUGUGCUCUCUCUCACCACAAGUGCCUUCUUUAGCCUCGGCAAAUAUUAGCUCGAGAUUAUUUUAGAAAUAAAAUAGUUUUCUGAAAGGAAGCCACGGCCAGUGAUAAGGAAUCCAUUUAAAUGAAGCUGCUGGCAUUGGGGUAUAUUUAUUAUUUGCGCAGCAAGCAAAAACCCAGUCGGUUAAAGCAUUCCUGUGGACAUCUAAAUUGAGAAUGGAGACGAGGUCCUUCAGAAGUUAAAGGAGAAACAAGAGGGGAUUGUGACACAAUCCAAGGUAAACAAGCCAAACACAUUGGUAACAACAGCCCCCCAUGUGUAGACAGCAUCCCACUCCAGACGCCCACUAUACAGUCCAAACACACGGCCCGGUGCCGCAGAUCAAUAUCAUGUAACAUUGAAAGAGGAGAAACAACUCACAAUCAAAGCGGUCGUCAUGGCAACGGCCCAGCCGGAUUCCACCAAUCAAUGGGCUCCGUGAGGCUGCGAGAUGCUCAGCUAUGUGCCAGCGUCCUACAUAAAGAGUGUGGGACAGGCAGCUCAUACUGAUAGAGAGACCCGAGUGGGGGAAAAAAAGCACAUAGAAAGAAACAAGGACAACAUGGUGAAGUCUGGAGGAAGAAGUGUUCCUGUCGUGGUUUGUCUGGCCAGCCUUUGUCUUGCGCUUUGUGCUGGAGCAUUAAAGCCGGAUGUUCUACUCGACAACACGGCCACCACACUGAACCACUCAAUGGCACUGGUGCAGCGCAUGGAGGCUCUGCUGACCCAGGGAAACGGCAGCGAUGUGGUCUUGCGCGUUCAGACCGUCAACACGGAUGAGGUGAAGGUGAUCCAGGUGCAUUCGCUGGUGUUGACUUUGCAGAGUGACGUGUUUGAUGAGCUCCUGCAGACCCGUAACUCCACCGCCAUGGUCCUCAAAGAGACUUCAGACUGCGCUGCCGUCUUUGAGAAGUUCGUUAGGUACUUAUACUGUGGAGACAUCACAGUGCGUCUGAAUCAGGCCAUCCCUUUACACAAGCUGGCCACCAAGUAUCACGUGUGGGAUCUGCAGCAGGGCCUGACCCAAUACAUGACUCAGCACCUGUCCAGCGAUUCCCCUGCGGGUCACGUUGUGGCCUGGUACCAAUACGCCACCCAAAUCGGCGAUGUGACCCUACAGAACAGCUGCCUGCAGUAUCUGUCCUGGAACCUGUCGUCGGUUUUACAGAGUGCCGAAUGGAGCUCGGUGAGUGGAGAACUGCUGCUGUCUUUGCUGCAGCGCUCAGAUCUGGUUCUGCAAAGCGAACUGGAGCUGUAUGAAGCCCUGGAAGCAUGGAUCAACCAAAACCAGCCUUCAGAUGAGACAGCCGAGAACGCACUCAAGGCAAUACGCUACGCCAUGAUAUCUCCACAAAACCUGUUCCACCUUCAGAAGAAGUCUCCACUGAUGUUGAAAUAUUACGAAUCUGUACGCGACCUGCUUUUUCUGGCCUUCCAAUUCCACGCAGCUUCGCCAAUCCAGCUCGCAAAGUACUAUGAUGUAAACUGCAGCCUGUUUACGCCCCGAAACUACCUGUCACUGUCAUGGGGCUCACCAUGGGUGAUCAACAACCCUACAAGGGACGACCGAAGCUUCAGUUUUCAGACUCAACUUGGACCGAGUGGCCAUGAUGUUAGCAAACGCAUAACGUGGAACGCUCUUUUCUCUCCACGUUGGCUUCCUCUCAGCGUGCGAUCCUCUUAUCCAGAGCAGGGAUCCAUGCUGCUGACUCGUACUGAUGCAGGCCGUCCUCGGAUCAUCGUCACUCCGGCUACUUCAAGCCCAGACUUUGCUGGUGUCAGCUUUCAAAAGACUGUCAUCGUUUCAGCCCGGAAGCAGGGAAAGGUGGUGGUCCGUCACGUCUACAACUUCCACCAGAGCACCGAAGAAGCGGGAGACUUUCUGCUGGAGGCGGAUCUGCAGCGUAGAGCAUCUGAGUACCUCAUAGACAGCUCGCUUUACCUGCACAUUAUUGUGAAGCCCCUCUAUCACACCCUGAUAGUAUCCAAAAAAUGAGAGUCAAGCUCGGGGGUGUCCAGUCUUGCUCUUGAAAGGUCAAAGUGCUGUCUAGACAAGAUUCACCUGAUUUUGUGAUGUAGAAGCAAGCUCUUUUCUGCAAACGUGUAAUGCUGGGUUCACAUCAAAGGAGAAGCAUCGAGUCACUUGCUCUAGUUUACUCACGGGAUGUUUUUCACAGUUGAAUUCCUUAAACUUGCACAGAAGAGGUGAAUUUUAAAUCUCUAUUUUCAAGGCAAACGUGUCGAGAGGGGUCUGGAUGCAGACCUGGAGCAGAUACAAUCUGAGCUGCAUGCAAUACUAUUUAAUGCGCACAACUAACCCCACCCCUAAAGGCUUAUUUAUAUACUUUCACAUCGAGUGAUGCUUUGCGCGUAGUCGUGCAUUAUACUUCUGCAUGCUGUUUGUUUGAUUCUGCAAUAACAUUUGUUAUUUCUUGCUAGCUGGCAGUAGGUUUAAAUGUUCCUCUGAGUCGAGUUUCUUCGCAUGCGUUUUGUUUUUCUAAAUGCUACCUUAAUGUACAAGUAGCUAAAUUUUGCUCAUUCCGAGAUGGGAACCAGCGGACGCGUAACAACUUUAAUCAUGAGGUAAAAACAAAACAAAAGUUUCCAUCUGGAGCUCCUCCAUGGGACUCGACCCUUGUAACAAUCGCUUCAUCGUGCUCAUGGCUCUUAGAACCACCUACAUUUGUACCAGCUACCAAGCCGACCAAUCACAGAGCUUGUGCUACUCAUCGUUGCGAUGUGAAGUUACAUUUUUUGAGAGGUGCGCGUCAGUGUCGGAGGAAGUAUUAGCCAUGGUGAGGGCUAUGCAACGCCCGAUUUAAGGCUGAUUUAUACUUCUGCGUCAAACGCCGGCGUAUGCUACGGCGCUGACGCAUAGCCCU